GGGAGGAAAAAAAACAAAAAACACGGGACUUCACAAGGUGGCUUUGAAAGCAUGGAAUAUUUCAUGAUGCCGACUGAGAAGAUACCGUCUUUACAGCAGUUCAAGAAGACGGAGAAGGAUGUUAUCGGGGGUCUCUGCAGCCUGGCUAAUAUCCCCCUCAGUCCAGAGACAGCCCAAGACCAGGAGAGACGAAUCCGCCGCGAGAUCGCCAACAGCAAUGAACGCCGGCGCAUGCAGAGCAUCAAUGCGGGUUUCCAGUCCCUCAAAACACUCCUGCCCCACACAGAUGGAGAGAAACUCAGCAAGGCGGCCAUUUUGCAGCAGACAGCGGACUACAUCUUCGCCUUGGAGCAAGAAAAGACACAGCUUCUGGCACAGAACAACCAGCUCAAACGCUUUAUCCAGGAGUUCAGUGGGUCGUCACCAAAGAGGAGGCGGGCAGAAGAGAAGGACGAAGGGAUUGGGUCUCCAGACAACCUGGAGGAGGAGAAGGUGGAGGAGGUGCGAAGGGAGAUGUUAGAGCUGCGGCAGCAACUGGACAGGGAGCGUUCUGCUCGUAUGCAGCUGGAGGAGCAGGUGCGCUCUCUGGACGGUCAACUGCACCCAGAGCGUCUGAAGGUGAUCACCCAGCAGGUGGAGGAGGAACAGGCGCUCAUCCAGAGCAAGACGUUGUUAAGGCUGCAGCAGAUCCACGCUGCUGACAGGCAGACACACAGUCCACAGGUGCUGGCUCCUCCCACUCCCCCUGCACCAACACACCACCCAACAGUCAUCGUCCCGGCUCCGACACUAACCCAGCAGCCCCACCACGUCACUGUGGUGACCAUGAGCCCGUCUGUCCACACCAGCACCGUGUCCACGUCCAGACAGAACCUGGACACCAUUGUGCAGGCAAUCCAGCACAUCGAACGCACUCAGGAGAGGAGAGCAAGUGCCGAGGAGGAGCAGAGACGAGCCGUCAUCGUCAGCCCCGCCCACGUCGCCAUGGACACCGCCUGCUCAGACACAGACACAGACACGGAGGGAGAGGACUGCUCAAUGAACUGAUCGUCCCAUGAACUCACAUACACACACACAAACACUUAAAACACCUACUCACUGUAAGAUUCCCUCCAGGAGCUUGACUACUUUUUAAAAAAAACAAAAAAAACUAAAAACCUUUCUUUGGCAUUAUCCAAACUCCUAAAUCCAGUAGUUAAGCUCUGUCAGUCUUGUACUGUAAAAAAAAAAAAAAAAUCUCCGAAGAUCGAAAACAUAGGAUGGUCAGCGUGCAGAAGAAACCCAGCAGGAUUCCUAGAGGCUGGUUUUCAAUGUCCGUGACUACUUGAAAACUUGAGGGGUUUUCUCACGUAAAAGCUAUCCGCAUCAGUCCGUCCUUCAUGCGUCCCUCAUGCAUGUUUAUAAGUGCUACAUACAGUCACAGUAUCACAGUUACCUGUCGUCACUGGCGCGCUGACAGUAUUAUUUGUGCUAUAAAUUCGUAGAUGUCAGUUUAAUGGAGAGUUUGAAUGUAACAACACAAUAAGCAAGCAGCUCUUGACUUUUUGGUUCUGAAAAGGGAAAUGGAGUUGCAGUUAUUUCUUCCCCAGUCUUAAUUUCUUUUUUUUGUUUGUUUGUUUUUUUAUGUCCUUCAGUUAGCCAGGUGAUGUUCUAUGGGCAAGAAAUAGCCAUGAAACCCAACUAAAACUACAACUGAAGCGCAUUCCUAAAUUAAAAAGUUUGGAAAAAAUUCAAACUUAGUUAAUCUGAGUAUUGACAUUGAUUGAAACAAUGUCUGAUUUUACUUGAAAGGUUGUUUCCUUACAUCUGAUAAAGCCCUUAAAAAUAUGCUGUUGAACAAUUGACAUUUAACUUUUAGCUUCAAUGUUUUUCAUGUUUUUGUUUAGUUUUUUUUUUUUUUUUUUUUGUCAUACUUUCUGUCAGGGUUACUGAAUGUUGAAGGUGAACAUUUUCUUCUAUUGAGAUUAGCAACUUAAAAUCAGAGGUUUGUCAGGUUUUCACAAGGAACCGGAGGCCUUGAGGUGGAUUUAAGGCAACUAAAGUAGACUCCUUUUAUGUUUUUUUUUAAUCCACUGUUAACUUAAAAGAACCAAAUGUUGGUUCAUUACCUGAAAUCAAACAUUUAUCAGCACGUUGUUAAUGGCUGAUGUUCAUUUUUUAUCAAUCUUAGACAUUUUGAGCCAAUCAAAAUUAAUCAUUGCCAAAAAAAAGUCAAGAAGUUUGGCUGAUGUGCAAAUCUGAAACAGAUUGAGAUGAUUGACAGUUAACACAAAGGCUUCCGGUUUUCCUCCUAAGACUUCCGGUCUAUCUUCUGGUCUUGCUUUGUUGAUUUUAGUGACUAUGCACUAGAGUUUUUGGUAUUUAUGCAAUUCCAUCUUCAGAACAUAUGUUGGCGUCAUUUAUACAUGAGGUGAAGUUAUCUAUGCACCGUUGAUAGGUGUGUACAUUACACCUACAGUAUAUGUAUGAAACUUGACAUGCUUGUAUCAAAGAAUGUAGUGUCUACUUGCAAGGUGCUCUUUGUCAACCUGGCACUCUGCUGACGAGCAGUGGGCCGAGGCCAAAACUCUGGACGUGACUUCACAGUUGAUCACGUUUCUUACGUGCGUCUGAAAUUUUUUUCAGGGAAAUGAAAUGAGUCAUUUCCACAUGUUGGAAUUGCUUUGAGUGUAGGGGAGCAGGGAGUAGUUCUGUUUGGUUACACGUGGCAGUGAUAUUUCUGCCAUUUCAUAUUGUGAUACUUGCUAUAAAUGACCCUCAGAACAUACUCAUUACUUUGAACCCAAACUUAAUGUUAAAAAAAAUGGUUGGAUAAAGACAUUUUUCAGAAGGAUGAGUGGAUUUAGUUGAAAAAGUAAGCUGACAUUGCUGUACAUUUUCCAUUCAUCAAAUGCUACAAAAAGUGCUAAAUCAGUACUCUGGAACUCAGAUGAAAUGCUCCAAACUGAAUUGCAGAUCUCCGCCCGUCUCAAUAAAACACACCGAGUCUGUCCACCUCAUGUUACGAUGCUUACAUUUGUCUCGGGAAUUUGACUGGAAAUCCCUCCUCCGAGCCUCUCUCCUGUCAUACUCGAUUGGAUAUGCUGACUUGAUGCUGUAAACAUUCCAUGUCUUUGGAUUUGUAUCUUUUGAACUUAUAUGUUCUGUUGCCAAUUGAAUGCAUUUUACUAAUUACUGUUUUCUCUUGUCUAAAGCAGGCUUUCAUUUUGACAGUUUGUUUAUUUUUUUAUGGUUUCUUUUUUUCUUCUUCAUGAAUACGUGACUAAUGGGUUCAGUGUGAAACUAUCUUGUGUGAGAUGUGUGGACACUUUUCACUCACUGACAUCAGUUUUAUAUCUGGUUAGACUAGUAUUUCAUGCCAAACAAGGGGGGAGGGUUGGGGAGGGGCAGAUUGUCAUAGUUUGUUUGUGAAACUUUGUUGAAGGGUCGGGUGUUUUUACUGGCAAAUGUUAAAACCACAGCCUGAAGUCAAACUAAUUGAUCUGUACUUUGGCGGAGGUUUUUUUUAUUGGUCAAGGAGAAACUUCCCCCCCCAUAAUGUUUCUGUACAUUGUGUUGCAGCACUGUUGUCUUUUGGUGGAUUUUGAGAUAUUUGAUAUGAAGCACUUGCUGUUCUGUACUGCCUGAAUCAAUGAUGAGGAAGAUUUUUUUUCUCCAUUUAUUAUAUUUUGUAAGCUCUUUUUGCUGUGACACAAUUAACAACUGUUUAUUGUGUUCUGCUUUCCUGUCUUUUCAUCUGUCUUUCUUGUUCUGUUUUCCAUUUUUGGUGACAAGCAUCUUUUUUAUAUUUUUGUGUGAAUUAUGUUUUUUUUGUUUUUUUUUCAUCAGUCCAGGUCGAUGAGAAGCUGUUAUAUUUU